AUGACAUGCCCAAACUGCUCAGGAGAGUACAGCGGUAGCGCACAAUUCCUAUCGGACCACCGCAACAGCUGUAUGGCGCCAAGUCCAUCGAAGUCUGGUGCUCAGGUCGACGUCACUCCCGAUGGUCAACACGUCUCUACUCCUCCGCCUGACCACGCGACCUCCUCCAGUCCUGCAAAGCCUCAUCGUCCAAGACCUCUCGUCGACUACCCACUCACAGACGAGGAGGACGACGACGACGAGGACGACCAAGAUGGCCUCCCCAUCGCCAUGCGUUCGAAGUCCAAGGAAUCCAAGAAACCCAUCAUAUACGAUGAUGAUGAUGAUGAUGAUGAUGAUGAUGACGAGGUAGUUUGCAUUACCGACACUGAAGAGGACUCGGGGCUUCCGCCUUACAUGGCUGAACUGGUUGAUCUGACUCAAGACCAAGAGGGAGAUGAGGGUAAUUUCGACGACCAUGAUGCAAAGCAAGAGACAUUCGAAGAAGUCGCUGCCCGCUUCCUCGGAAUGGCGCCCGAAUGGACUGUCCGUUAUCUGGAAAUCUUUCUUGCCUGCAUAGCCACACCACUGGCAACCAAGAACGUCGUCAUUGAUGCCGAGCUUCACAGGAUCCGUCAAGCGCAACUUCGUCUUCUCUUUCUGGAGCUCCCAGACUUGGAUCCUGCUCAUGUUGUGUCGUCAUACGGUGGUGCAGAUAGCGAGCCUUCCCACCUCAUGAACUUUCCAACACACACCACUCCCAAUCCCCAUGCGCCAAACCAGCACAUCGCUGACCCAGAUAACCCAUCUACAGCCUUUGUCAUUGAUGCGAACGGUGGCCCCCAACGCAUGAUGAUGGCCGAUCGCCUUAGCGUCCGUCUGAAACGCCCAAUCGACCGAAAAGGAUGGACGCCAGAAUCGGAAUUGACUCCCAACGCUGUCAAGAUACUUGUCGACCUCGCCUUCCAGACUCUCGACCACUCGAAGUCACGCGUUCUAUGCUUGUGGGGAGAGUCACAGUUCGAGGCCUACAAGGAAAGAUACCCUCGAAGUACACCAGUCACGCUAUCGCAAACUCCCAUCUUCAAAGGCAAGACGCACGCCUUUAUUGAGUGGGAGCAUGGCUCGCGCCACGUCGUCCGUCGAUUGGUGUUUGUCUUCUUUCAUCCAGAGGCGUUCUUCCAUGGCCUUGGGGGCGCUGGGCCCAAGUACAUCACUCUCUUCAACGAUCAUCUCAAGUUCAUCCGUGCAUUCUGCCACCGCCCUGAGGUCAACACCACCUACUUCUCAAAGUAUUCCAAGGCACCAGCUUCGUCUGCCUCCUCGAAGUCCAGGUGUCCUGUCAAUCUCGCUGAUCUCACUGACACUCUGAUUCAUGGCCGCAAGAUGGGCCCAAACGCUUUCGAAGGACAACACAUCGAUGAUUUGUUGCCACACGACAGAGCCGCGCGUCAGUGGAAAUUCCUUCUCGACUUGUACCAGUUAGAAAAGACCUCCAAUGCACGUAUCCGUAAAGAGCAAAUCCCGCACUCGUUGCGUUACCUGCUCGAUCGAGCCUAUACUGGCAGCGGAAAGGACCCGACUCUCAUUAUCCACAUGCUCUCCAAUGCGUUUAUCUCGACGCCGAAGACCAAUGCGCCCUUCCAAAACACCUUUUUACAGGUGCGCAUGAACGCAUUCAGGGUCAGUCACAAGCCAGGCGCGAAAGUGGUCUACCUCCAGCUCAAGACCAACGUCGUCUGGCACGACGAAUGGUUGCGGAUGUCGUUCAACGCGUUGGCCAAUGCUAGGGUCAAAGUCAAGGACCUGUCCGACCGAGGCGAAUGGCUUUUGGACAGUAUCAUCAAGAGGAUUGCGGAUGCCGAGCUCAGUGAGGCCAUCAACGAACAGCAAGGCGAAGAGUUGAACGCGCUGCUCGUCACCCGCCGCAAGGGGACUGGUUCCAAGCUGCAUGGCAAGGGCUUCGUUGGUCAAUCUGUCACGUAUGUCGAGCUGCUCAAGGCUGCUCGCAAUAACCGCUUCCGUCCAAACACUAUCGUCGGUCAUAGGCCAGUUGUUGCAGCCUAUGAACGUGGCGGCUAUGCCGGAGUUGUUGAUGCUGUCCUUCCUUUCGUACACUUCUCACAUGUCGAUCGCCUCACCGAUACCGAGUUUGACAAGUGGAGAACAGUCCACCCAAAGUUCACUUAUUAA